CAAAGUUGGCGAUGGCUAUGUUGUUAGUGUUACUGAUUGGCGUUGGCGUCGGCACCGGCAUCGGUGCUGCGAAUAGUCUCCAGAUGGACUACUCCACUAUUUGCCCAUUUGCCGAAUCGACCGUGAAGAACGCCGUUAACAAAGCAUUGCGAAAUGAUCCAACCCUGGCAGCUGCCUUGCUUCGAAUGCAUUUCCAUGAUUGCUUCGUUGAGGGAUGCGAUGGGUCCGUUCUCGUCGAUUCGACGGAGGAUAACACCGCCGAAAAGGACUCCCCCGGGAACUUGAGCUUGAGAGGCUUUGAGGUUGUUGAUGAUGCCAAGGAGCAGCUCGAAGAGCAAUGCCCCGGCAUUGUCUGUGUGCCGAUAUUAUUGCAAUGGCUGCUAGAGAUGCAAUUUUUUAGGCAGGGGGUCCAAUAUAUGAUAUACCAAGAGGAAGAAGCGAUCGAAGGAGGUCUAAGAUAGAAGACACAAUCAACUUGCUUUUUCCCUCCUUCAACACUUCUCAGCUCAUUAACGCCUUUGGGCAGCGAGGAUUCACUACGACGGAUAUGGUUGCUUUGUCCGAUACUCGAUAUCUAUACCAUAUGUUAACCGUUUGACUGAGAUGAUGUCACGAAUUAAUUAUCGGUCAUGUACAUUAAUGCAGGGGCACAUACAGUAGGAGUGUCAAGGUGUUCAUUUUUCAAGAACAGGUUGAGUAACCAAGAUCCGACCCUAGAUUCCGAUUUCGCAAAAGGCAUUAUCGACAACAUGCAGAGCAGGCGGCAAUGCCAAGCAACCUUUCGACGACAUGCCGAACAGAUUCGGCAAUGAUUACUUUGAUGUGUUGACGAGGGAAAACGGGGUUCUUUUCUAGGAUCAAGCGUUGUAUAUGACGACCAGUACGAGGGCGAUUGUUAAUGGUUACACCAUGAACCAAGCUAGGUUUUUCCUUGAUUUCCAGCAGGCAAUGGUGAAGAUGGCGAGGCUUGAUGUUAAGGAAGGCCCCAAGGGAGAAGCGAGAAAGAAAUGCCGCAAAAUUAACUGAAAAUUUGCAAUUCUAUAAUUUAAUUUUCUGUAACCUAAAUCGUAUCAACUAAAAAUGCAU